UCCCCCUCUCUUGCUUUCGGUGGAGCGACGACGAUGUUCGCGGUGAGAAUACGAGCUUCUCUUAAGCCUUUGUUCCAUGGAAGAUAUAGCUCCCUUUUAAGCCGAUAUUGUGAAAUUGCAGCGAUUUCGAAGCGUAUUUUACAAGAUAGAUUCAGUGACGGAAAUCUGAAUUUGAGUAGCUUGCGGUUACCUGGAACUGGAAAUGGACUAGGAAUCAAACUGUUAAACAGGGAAUUUCAAAGUUCUCCACAGUGUUCUGAUAGCUCAGAAUCUGAUGUAGGAGUGAGAACUCAUGCAUUUGCGUUAUUUAGUCAUCUUGAGGAUGAUUUUUUCUCUGAGUUGGGUUCUGUAGAAAAAGACUUGAACCGGAAUGUGAUUGUGAAGAUGCUAACUGAGAAGCCAGAACCUUUACAGGCUGAAAAACCAGAGCUUUCCCAGAAAACUAAAAGCAAGAAGAAGAAGAAGAUGAAGAAGAAGAAGAGUACGAAGAAGGAAAAUGAACAAGCUUCUGAUUCAGUUUCCAAACCAAUGUUACUGACCGAGAAGCCAGAAGUUUCUUGGAAAAUCAAUGGCAAGAGAGAGACUGAAACACAUGCUUCUUCACCAGUUAGAGAUGUUGCGGAUUUAAAUGUUUCAUUUUCCAAGCCAACCAUGCCAUCGUCUCCAAUUCAAGACCACAAAUCUAAGUCUCAAAACAUAAUCAAUCCCAGUUCCGAGCCCAAAAAGGAAACUAGGUCCAAGGGUUCCGCUUCCUCAAACCAUCCCUCUUCAGUUGUUGUUAUAAGGAUUGGUAAUCUAAACUCGAAAACAGCUGAUUCAAUGAUACACUCGAUGUGCCUGUCGGUUGGCCCACUCGAGGGUCUUGCUAGGGUUAAGGAGGACACUGUCGACGUGUCAUAUCGAGUGAAAAACCUAAACGAGGCAGAUUCGAUACUGGAAGAGCUAAAAGAUACAGCCGUAGAUAACUCUCAAUGGACGGCUAAGAUUGUACCACCGGAAGCGGAAGAAACUUCUAAAGGUGAAAUGGGUCUGAGAAUCACCAACUGUUACAAAGAAUUGGAUAAGCAACUGUUGAUGCAGCACAUUCUUGGAAAAGACUUGCAGAUUCUACUCCAUUCCGUAAUGCAUCUAGAGAAUCAUCCAAUGGCUCGAGGUAGGGGCUAAAACAUUAAGUUGGGAUGCCUGAUGGCGAUCUUGGGUAUUUGUUUAGUGAGGUCUUUCGGUUCCUUGGAUAUUCAAUUGAAUUAGGGGGUUAGUUUGAUCAAGUUGAAAAGUAAGGGAGUGUAACGAAACUAUCACGAAUUACAAGGGCAAUUAAAUUUAAAAGUCGAUUUAA